AAAGCUAACUUGAACGCAUGGGCUUCACAAAGAAAAGUGGAUGCUAACUUACUAGGAACCAUUAUUCAUGACCAGUGUUUCCUCACCGCUAUUUAUACAAACGGACUAGUUACUGUUGGAGUACGCGCACCGUGUAACGCCUCCCAAAUAAUUCGAAGUGACGGUUGAUGUGUUAGUAAAACCCUGGAGACAACCAUGACUUCCCUGGGGAGCAGCAGUUCCUCAGCCACAGAAUACACAGUGCGAGUCCCCAAAAACACCAGCAAGAAGUACAACCUCAUGGCUUUCAAUGCAGGAGACAAAGUCAACUGUUCAACCUGGACACAGGCUCGUAUGGAAAGAGACAUGAGUGGCCGGCGGAUAUAUGGGGACGAAGAGACGGCAGAUGGCGCAGCUGGCAGUGAGUUUGGCAAAAAGCAGCGCGAGGAAGCGCGGCGGAAGAAGUUUGGUAUCGUCAAACGAGAGUUCAAAGUGGAGGAUCAGCCCUGGAUUCUCAAGGUCAAUGGCAAGGCUGGCAAGAGGUUCAAAGGUCUAAAGAAAGGCGGUGUUACAGAAAAUGCAUCCUACUACAUCUUUACCCAGUGUCCUGAUGGAGCUUUUGAGGCCUUCCCUGUCCACGGCUGGUACAACUUUACACCGCAGGCCAAGCACCGAACCCUGACUGCUGAGGAGGCUGAGGAGGAGUGGGGCAGAAGAAACAAGGUGGUGAAUCACUUCAGCAUCAUGCUUCAGAGACGUUUCCGGGAGCAGGAGCGUGGUGGUGACGAUGAUGACGAUGAGAAUGAGAAGUCGGGAAAGAAGAAAAAGAAGGGGGGUGGCAGAGGGGGCGAUCUGCGCAUUCACGACCUGGAGGAGGACUUGGAGAUGAGCAGCGAUGACAGUGACAGCAGUCUGGGGGACGAUGGAGAGAGUAAGACAAAGUCGAAGAAAGACACGGGGAAAGGAAAAGCAAAGAAGAAGAAGAAGAGAAAGAGCAGCGACAAAGAGGCCUUGGAGGACAGCGAUGACGGUGACUACGAGGGUCUAGAGGUGGAUUACAUGUCCGAUGAAAGCAGCAGUUCAGACGAGGAGCCAGAAAAGGGAAAGAUCAGCAAAGGAGAGGAUCAUCCCAAAGGGAUCGAUGAGGCGUCCGAAAGUGAGGAAGAGAGUGAGGAGGAGAAACCAAACGAAGAGGAAGCGAAAGAGGAGGAAGAAGAAGAGGAAGGAAAGAAAACGCCGGUCCAAACAGAAAAGAAGAAGAAAAAAGACAGCAGCGGAGAGUCAGAAAGCUCAGACGACAGUGACAUCGAUGGAGAGACUGCCUCUGCUCUGUUCAUGAAGAAGCGCACGCCUCCUAAACGUGGAGGACGUGGCUCUGCAGGCAGCUCCAGGACUGGCAGUCGCCCCGGUACCCCAUCCAUCGACUCUGCCUCCACCUCCAACACGCUCCGAGCUGCUGCCAGCAAGCUAGAGCAAGGUAAGAGACCGACUCCGGGUCCCAGCGCUGACUCUCCAGCUGCAAAAAGGCUAAAAAUGGAGCCCAGCAGUCAGAGCCCUGCUCCCUCUGGGAAGAGUACGCCUCAGCCACCAUCAGGCAAAUCCACUCCUAGCUCCAGUGAUGUGCAGCUAACAGAGGAAGCAGUCCGGCGAUACCUGAUCCGUAAACCGAUGACAACCAAAGACCUGCUGAAGAAGUUCCAGACAAAGCGGACAGGUUUGAGCAGUGAGCAGACUGUCAACGUGCUGGCACAGAUCCUGAAGCGCCUCAAUCCGGAGCGCAAGAAUGUGAACGACAAAAUGCACUUCUACCUCACUGAAUAAGCGAUGGAAGAGAGCGGAGUGGAGCGGGGGAGAAGGGGGGGGACGAUAAGCCGUGGCCCCCUGCGAGAGUGUUUGUGUCCGUUGUAAUAUCUAAAACAUGUUGUGUUGUGACGUGCCGCAGGAUCGGAAGUUGAAACUGUUAUCAAAAAGUAUUUUGUUUUAUUAGUGUUAAGCAUCCUGAAUUUGUUUUUCAUUCCCUUAAAUCUCACGUUAAAUAUUAGAAAAACAACUGGAUUUCUAGUUUUUCUCCAUGUGUGAACAGUUUAACUUGGAACUUAACUAUGAAAAUAAAAAAAAGUCUUUAACUUGUUUUACUGAGGUAGAAUUGUUUCCAAUAAAACAUCAAAUCUGAA